AACGAGUUAUGUAAACUUUGUAAAUAAAUAAUAUUUUAUCAAUUAAUGGCAUGUAAUAUAUAUUCUUCCUUCCUGAGCCUUUAAUCUUAACUUUUAUACAGAAUAAUUAAGAAAAUAUAUAAUAAGAGGGAUUUCCAAAUGACGACACGUAAAGUAAGAUUUUUUGUAACAUCCACAUCUAUUGCUACAGUAGCAUUCUUUACUGGCAAUUACUAUGGAAGACAAUACAAAUUACCUAAGGAUUCACACCAAGCUUUAAGAUUUCACAAUGUUCCAGAAAGUCAUGAAACUCCAAUAUUCAAUCAUGUCCUAACUAACAAAUUCACAGAAUGCAAAAGUGAAGAUGAAUCUUUGUUAAAUAACAUCAAAUCCUUCAUUAAAGACUUCUCAAUUAACUUUGGAACCAUUAAAGCAGCUUCUCCCAUACCGGAACCAUAUACAGACAACAAAGUUACUCCUUACACUUCAAAUUCCAGCCGAAUUUCACAGAUUAUGAAACACGGAUUCCCUGGCUUGGACAAUGUGAUUUCUUAUAGCGAUUAUGUAUUAAGUUAUGACCGAAGAAAUCGAGUAGCACAUUGGGUGUUUGAACAUUUGACUGAGGAAUGUAUUAAAAAGAAUGAUGAAGUUGAUAGAUCGAAAUGUGAUUUUAAGGAAGACGACCAUAUUCAUCCAUAUUUCAGAUCGAAAAAUUCAGACUACAAAGGCUCAGGAUAUGACAGGGGUCAUUUGGCAGCAGCGGGAAACCAUAAAUCUUGCCAGAAACAUGUGGAAGAGACAUUUUACUUAACAAAUAUGGCGCCCCAAGUGGGCAAAGGUUUCAACAGGGAUUCCUGGAAUAGAUUGGAAAAAUAUGUGAGAAAAUUGACUAGGAAUUAUUUAAAUGUUUAUUGCUGUACUGGACCACUAUAUUUACCAAGAAGGGAAUCUAAUGGGAAAAUGUAUGUAAAAUAUGAAGUAAUUGGCUCAAAUCAUGUUGCGGUGCCCACCCACUUUUUUAAAGUAGUAGUUGGUGAAACUAAAGAUGGGCAGCUUGACAUGGAGUGUUUUGUAAUGGAAAAUACUGUUAUUGAUGAUAGCAUACCUGUUAAGAAUUUUCAGGUCCCCCUUGAAACGAUCGAACGGGCAUCAGGACUACUUUUUUUCACCAAUGUAGCCAGAAACAAGUUUAGACAGAUUAAUGGGAAAAAGUGACGUGAAUUUCUUUAUAAUAAAUUAAUUUAAGUGUGCAAUAUUAUGAUUAAAUUUUAUUUUCUUGAAUGUUUUAAAACAGUUUUAGUAUUGUUAUAUUAGUAUUUUUAUUUAGGUAUUACUUAUGAAAUGUUUGAUUAUUGAUUUCAAGUCAAACUUAUUUCUAAAUUAAUAGUAUUUUAUCAACUGUAAAUGUAUGUGGUGUGCUGCAGAUGUAAUCUACAAAAGGUUCGAAAAAAAAAACAACAUUUUAAAAUAAAUAACAAAGUAAUAAUAUA